AUGAUUCGGUUUCUCUUGCUACUUGUUUUGCUUCACUUGGUCUGCCUAGCAAAAAAUCAUGUGCAGGCAGAAGCCAAGGAACAGAAGCAGCAUUUUGUUCUAGUUCACGGUGCCUGCCAUGGGGCUUGGAAUUGGUAUAAGAUCAUACCACUCCUGAAAUCUAAAGGCCACAAUGUCACCUCUCUCGACCUUACAGCUUCAGGCAUCAACAUGAAAUCCAUUGAAGAUAUUCACACCUUUGCUGACUACUCUCGGCCUUUGUUAGAAUUUAUGGCAUCGGUUCCUCCGCAAGAAAAGGUAAUUCUUGUAGGACAUAGCUUGGGAGGCUUGAAUUUGGCCCUUGCCAUGGAGAAAUUCCCUGAAAAGAUCUCUGUUGCCGUUUUCUUGACUGCCUUUUUGCCGGAUACCUUACACCGGCCCUCAUAUGUUCUUGAAGAACAGAAAAAUACCAUGAGUCCCGAAGAUGGAUGGUUGGAUACUAGAUUUUCCUCCUAUGGAAGCCCCGAAAAACCUUCAACUUCAAUGCUUUUUGGUCCCAAGGAUUUGUCUUCCAAGUUCUAUCAACUCUCUCCUAUUGAAGAUCUUGAGCUGGCUAAGACUUUGGUAAGGACUGGAUCGCUGUUCGUUGAAGACUUGUCUAAGGCAAAGAAAUUCACAGAAAGUAGAUACGGCUCCGUUAAACGGGUUUUUAUUGUGUGCGAUGAAGAUAAAGCAAUAAGAGAAAAAUUUCAACGAUGGAUGAUUAAGAAUAGUGGAACGAAAAACGUGAUGGUAAUUCGCCGUGCUGAUCAUAUGGCAAUGCUUUCAAAGCCACAGCAAGUUUUCCAUUCUUUGUUGAAGAUAGCUUAUCGCUAUGCUUGAAUAAAUUUUGCCUGAUCAUCUAUGGAGACAAACGUCACAAUGCAAAAUACAGAACUUAAACUAUUGGAAUAAAGCUUCUUACU